AUGUACAAGGAGUUCCGUGACACUACCUUGAACGGAGCUGUUGAGCAGAUGUACACUGAGGUGGCAUCCCGACACCGUACAGCAACUGUUCCAGCCAAACUCUGCAAGAGGGAGAGUACAAUACAUUUUCACAACAGUAAAAUCAAGUUCCCCUUGGUGUUCCGUAAGGUUAGACCACCAAGAAGGAAGCUCAAGACCACUUACAAGGCAUCCAGCCCCAACCUUUUCAUGUAA